AUGCACACAAUGAAUAACUCAUCAACGUCAACAGCAAGUUUGGUUAAUAAUUAUCACUUUCGUCCAAACACUGUUACACUUUGCACAGAGUCUGAAAAUUAUCCACAUACACCAAAAACAUCACAACAAACUAAUGAACAGACAUCAUCAAUAUCACCGAAAGUGGGUAAAAAUAAUACACAAGCACCUCAACAUUUUUUUGAUUUCAUUACCAAUCGAAACAAAAAUAGAAAAAAACAUACUGAGUCUCUGGAGUUGGAGAGCUCUGUCGAUGAGGAUUGUUCUUGUAUAAAGACUAGUAAAUUAAAGCGCAGUUGCCCUGAAAUAAGCCCCAAAAACAGGGAGGAGUUAGGAAAACUAAGAGCUAAAAUCAAUUACUUAGAAAAGAAGUUGGAAAGUGCGGAAAAAGAAAUAGAUAACCUAUCAAUAGAAAAUAGUUUUAAAAAAAAAAAAACAAAUCAUAGCCUAUAA